AUGGCAUCCCGUACUGACACAAGCGAGCAAGCUGCCGCAACACCUCAUACGACUUCCGCUCCAGUGCAGGUCUUUGCUGUUACAGAGCUACUCGAUAAUAUCCUGCUCCAGCUACCACUCCGCAACCUUCUUCUAGCGCAGCGCGUGGACUGCACAUGGCGUGACACCAUACAAACUUCCCCUCAGAUCCAGCAAGCAUUCUUCUUCCGGCCACACAGCAUUAGUCUAGUAAAAGUGGCCGGCUUCAGAACACCAAUGCGAUGCGCAUCGCGAGACGAGUGCCCACUUGGGGACUACGGAGACAAAGAUUACCAAACUCCACUAAGAUGGAAGUCUGAGACUACUGGGUCUACCGUCGACUACGUCGUUCGCAACCCAUUGUUACCUCUUGGAGGAGGGGGCGCCCGCACCAUCCACCUGAUGCCUGGAGGAGACAAGAUUAUCAAACAACCUGCUUGGAAGCGACCGGAGGCGUCCUGGCGUAGCAUGCUAUCACUCAGCCAGCACUUCAAGAGACUACUGCUGAUUUUGGUGUGUCACACCAUCUCCAUGCGAUAA